AGUUAGCUACCAUACAUUUUGUUCGUUUUAGCUGAGGGUUACACUACUCAGCUCGUCAUUUAAAUAUGGAUGUCAGUAUAGCUGUAUCACUAAUGCGUGGCCAGAUGGGGACAGUCAUAGAGAGAGCGGUAAAUACAGCUGUAGAAACUGUUUUAGCAGAAAUGCUCAAAGUUGUUGGCGUCAAAUUCGAAGAGCUAAAGAAGGAAAUGUCAACAGUCAAAAGAGAGAUGGUUGCGGUCAAAAGAGAGAAGGCAGUCAAGGAAAAGGAGAACGAAGAUAUUAAGGGGAGGCUGCAGCUGUCGGAAAUACGAUUAAAAUAUUUAAAGCAGAGCCUAAGUGGCAUGGUUUCAAAGGAGGACCGACGGGUUUCCCCCUGCCAGAAGACCGCGUAUGUCCGCUCCGAAACCCUCACUGUCCCAGGGUUGUCAGUGCCCUCAGCAGCCUCUGUUGCAGGAAGGGACGAUGGCAACGGAGGAAAUACAACAAAGGGAAUUUACCAGCUCCAGAAUAGAGUCACUCAACCGCCCGAUUCUUCGUUGGCCACAUCGUUUGACAACCUGCAAGAAAAUCAUUCGCAGGAUGUGGAUGGCUCAGCAAGCAAUGUAUCUGUAGUAAAUGGGUCAUUGGAGGACCAGGAACCUGAAGAAGAGAUCACCAGGCCUCUAGAUGGUGCAGCUUCUCUGCGGAAGGAUGAGGAGUGUGAGUCUGAUCAGUGGACCAGUAAGCAGGCAACAGAGACUCCAACCGCAAUACAAGGAUCUUGUGAUCAGACGGAAAGUGCACUGGGCUCAACCCUGGCCUCUAGGGGUUCUUUCCGACCGCAUGUGAAGGAGGAGGAAGAGGAGGUAGAGGUUAUCUGUAUAAAAGAGGAACCACAGGAGGUGGCCUCUCUGCUGCUGGACUGUGAACGUCUGGCCCAGGGUAGUCAGGAAGACUGGAGAGGCCCAUCACAGGACAACAGAAACUUCAUAGAUCAUACACCGUUCAGCUCAACCAGCUCUGACACGUAUUCCCUGUCCCAGCCUGCCAUGUCCGUCUCUGUGUCCACGGCACAGAGGCAAGUUAGGGCGUGGCCUAAGGACCUGAGCCUCUAUGAGGAGUACAAGCUUCGCAGGGCGGAACUCCGCCGGCACAGCCUGAACCGUAGGCGGGAAAUGGAGAAGUCCCUCCCCCAGCCCCUCUUGGCUGACCUGGUGAGAGAGCGCAGAGAGAAGACCCGGCUCCGGGUGGCUCGCUGGAGGGCUAAACGCAAGCUCCAGGCCUGCCUAAUGAACCAGUCGGCCCAGGUUACCAGUGCAGGGCCAGCCCAGGCCCUGAACACCCAGAGCCAAGCCCCGGCAGUCACCACGCAGCAGCGGAACAACACUGUCCCCUCCUAUGGUAGCCUUUUGUUUAACCGAACUCACUGUAACUCUGCCUUAGCUUAUCCUGGUUCUCUCCAGUUAAACUCCUCACCUUCCUCCUCGCUGUUGCUAGGACACAGCCUGGUAGAGACUGUCAAUCACGCUGCGGUGACGUCCACUUCCUCGUCUUCCUCACAGGCACAGCCAGGUCUGUCAUGGACGGACUCUGAGAUCUUUUAAUGAUAGACCUAAUCAGGACAGGUUUUUUUUUUUUUUUUUAAAGAGUGAUUUUGUUUGUGUCUGAGUAAACCUGUUGGUUUGGAUUUUAGUUUUGGACAUGAAUAGAAUAGUUUUUAUGGCUAUAAUGUUUGACACUGGUGAAUAAUGUUUAAGUUCAGAUAAUUACAAUACAAAAUGACUGAUCA